UUCCCGUCGUUGGAUGAAGUCUCUACUUUUGCGCCAUCCAUAGUCAAACGUGUACACUGCAGUUUUGUUUUUUUAAUGUACAUUAUUAUUUUUUUAAAUUUAAGUCCAACAAUCCAUUAACCAUUUAAUUGAUGCAUUUUGUAUCUAGAUACAAAAUUUAUUUAAUACAAACAACUAUUUGUUUCAUCAAACGCGCCGUUAAUUAAAACUUAACGAUUUCUUAUGUAAAUAAUUUACCAAUGACCAACGGAAACGGAAAUGAAAUGUAUCUCUCGCAUUUAUAUUUUCAUUCAUAAAACCGAUCUGUAAUCGUUAAUUGUUCGUUAUUCAUUCAAAGUGUAGCCAGUGGAAUUUUGCGUCUAGAAUUUUUGUUGUUUUGAUUCUGUACAAAGCUCUGUUAAUUCAUUCAAAAUAUAAUUAUAAAUACCCCUGCGUUGCGUACCUCGCCAAUAAUUUAUAAUUAUUGUGUUUAAAAAAACAAAAGUAAAAAAAUACAAAAACCUCAGCGAAUGUGAAGUCUGAGGAAUUUUUUGUUGAUUUAUUAAAAAAUCAAAUUUAAAAUUAAAAAUAAACAUAAAAACGCUCCUCCGACAACUUAACUCAAAGGUGUUUUGUGAUUUUCUUGCGUUUUGAAAAAAAUAAGUUUUUUUUCUUCAUUUUUUUUUAAACAACCUGCGAUAUUAUAAUUUGUUGUUCGUUUUGGUUCGUUCAUAAAUGUUGAUGCCGUGACAAUUUAUAUUCAAAUUUCGGGCUAUCUAUCAUGAGUACGGGCAUUUCAGAGUCAGACUACAUCACCUAACGCAAUCGGCUCGAUCUCGAUCUGAUCAUUGAAUGGAGUAAUUUAUACAUUGCAAACGUCGUCAUCGUCGUAGCAGUCGUCAUCAUCGCAGUUGAGCUAUUGCCGCUGCUGCUGUUGCUGGAUAUCAUGGAAAUGACGAAUUGAAGGUCUUGAGAACAUCAGGUCAUGAUGUUGAUGGCUUCCUUCUAACAAUUUUAAAUUAUAAAAUUGUAUCUUUGGGACAUUUCAUGCUUAAUCAAUUUCGAAAAAAAGCACACAACUAACAAAAAAAAAUAUGAACUUGGAGCAUGCUAUUGUAGUUUUGGAAAUACUCACAUUUCUACACGAAGCCUCAUUAUCGGUUCAGAAUAGUCAUGUCCAGAAUGUCAGCAGACUAAGAAUUGGAGGUGAGAUCAAAGAAGCCCUUGGCAUUAACUUUGUUGAUGAUGUCAAACGAGUGCAUAAACAUCGCAAUAGAUGGCGCUCACGCAAACGAUCGGAAAGUUAUUUUUCUGCGUGGACACCUUGGUCAAAAUGUGAUAACUCAUGUUACAAACGUAGGGAAAGGUAUUGUAAGAUGAAACGAAAAUGUGGUUAUACAAAGCAUGUUGAGGAAAACCGAUGUUGGAGAUGCCCACGAUCAUUUCAACAAUCUGAAACAACACAACCUCGAUCUUCUGAACCGUUUCCACUAAAUUCUUCAAUAGUAAACGUACACCAAAUUCGAUUACCAGUAUUCCAAGAAAUAAACAAAAACAAGGACACCGGUGGUGGUCCUUCUUCACAUCCUAGUGAUGAUUUUUAUGCUUUUAAAAAUUCAAAUCGUGUACGAACGAAGAAAAAACGAAAACCAAUUCUAAUCGAUGUUGAUGAUUAUGAAGAUUUAGAAAAUGAAGAUGAAUACGAAGACAACAAUCGCAAUCACUCAGGAAAUUAUAUCGGAGUGAUAAAGCUAAAAGGUAGAAACCUAAACACACGAAAGUCAACGCGAAAUUUUGCACCAACCGAAGGAAAUUUCUCCGAAUACGAUGAUACGGAAGAUGAUGAUACCAGUAGUAGUGCAGGGAGUGAAGAUUAUGAAUCUGAAUAUGCAGAUGCUGAAGAUUAUGAAUAUCAAAACUCGACACAAUUGUCUGCCAAAGAAAAGAAUGUUCUUGAUCCGGUGCCACGACAUCGAAGGGUUUACUCUAAAUGGAGUAAAUGGACAAAAUGUACACCGAAAUGUACAACUCGCAGAUAUAAAAAAUGUCGAAUACGAGAACAAUGCGGACGAGAAGUUCUGCGUGAAAUAGCUUAUUGCUACACAGAAGGAAGCUUCUGUCAACAAUGGCUACAAGCGCAACUUCAAAAAUCCCAACCAUACGAAAUACGACCAGUAGCAUCGCACAGAAAAGACUCAUCAGAAACUUCCAAUUCGAUUGUAAGUGAUUUUAUAAUGAGCAGCAAAGGUUACCGCGGACCCGAAUAUACUCCCAUGAAACUCAAGUGUGGAAUAGCGCCAAUUAAAAGCCCUAAGCGAAACAUGUACAGUAUGUUGAAGAUAAUUGGCGGUAAGGCAGCCAGAAAAGGAGAAUGGCCCUGGCAAACUGCAAUUUUCAAUAGAUUUAAGGAGGCAUUUUGUGGCGGAACUUUGAUUGCACCACAAUGGAUUCUUACAGCAGCGCAUUGUGUGCGAAAGGUGUUGUAUGUUCGACUUGGUGAACAUAAUCUUGAUUAUGAUGAUGGAUCGGAAUUGCAAUUUAGAGUUGCUAAGAGUAUAAAGCAUCCAAAUUUUGAUAAGAAGACCGUUGAUAGUGAUAUAGCACUAUUAAGGUUACCAAGACCAGUAAAUGCAACAACAUGGAUGGGUUUCUCCUGCCUCCCACGACCCUUUCAACCGUUGCCAAAAAAUAUGGACUGCACUGUCAUAGGAUGGGGCAAACGAAGAAAUCGCGACCAAUCGGGUACCAGUGUUCUACAUCAGGCUGAAGUGCCCAUCAUCCCGAUGGAGAAUUGUCGAUCAGUGUAUCAUGAUUAUACAAUAACGAAAAAUAUGUUUUGUGCUGGACACAAACGAGGACGCAUCGACACAUGUGCAGGUGAUUCUGGAGGACCUCUGCUCUGCCGUGACAGUACAAAACCAAAUCACCCAUGGACAAUAUUUGGUAUUACUAGUUUUGGUGAUGGAUGUGCUAAACGCAAUAAAUUCGGUAUCUAUGCCAAAGUCCCAAAUUAUGUUGAUUGGAUAUGGUCGGUGGUGAAUUGUAAUGGCAAUUGUAAGCCGCAAACUCCAAAGCGAUAUUAGUAUUUUUUUAUUUUUUAAUAAUUCAAAUACGAUCAUGGCAAUAUCCUGUUGCAAGAUUAGCCCACUUUCGGGUGUUGUGCAGCUGAUAUGUAAUUUAAAUUCUUUUCGAACAAAUAAAGGUAAGACCUCACCGGAAAGGUGGUACGGGUACGGUAUGGGUACUUGUAUGAAAAAAAAAAAAUUCCAAAACCGGAACAUUGAAGUUACAGUCUGGAAUUGUUUUUCAUACAAUUACCUGUGCCGCUACGGCUACUGCAUACCUUUCCGGUGCAAACCUUAAGGUCAAGCCGUUUCUGGAGAAGUUCGAUCUUUUUGUUCUUUGUUGGAAACAAUACCUACUCUCUUAAAUAAAUAGGUUUACUUUUGACAACCAAAUAUGUGUCUUUCUUAAAAAUUAUAUUUGGUUUAAAGGGAUAAAGCUUAAACAAAUGGAAAUUUUUGGAAGGGCUUACUAAAAAUGUAGCUGCUAGUAGUGAGUGCUCCUGAAGGUUUAAAUUCUUCAGCGCGUUCA